AUGACGUUCCUUUCAACCCUCCUACUUUCUUGUUCCCUCUUCACCGCAUUCUCUCAUUCUGCCUCCGUCAAUGUCCGAGAAGUGGCCAAAGUCGAUGCAGGCAUGGCGUUGGAGAACCUCGCAGUGCGGUCAAAUGGCAUGAUCCUUUUGACCGGGCUCAACAGCUCAAUACUUUAUCAAUUCGACACAACUAGCGAAGCGGCGCCCAUUCCCAUUGCACAGAUUCCACAAGUCAACUCGUUGAUGGGAAUAGUCGAGAUUUCACCCGAUCUUUUCGCCAUAGCAGCUGGAAAUUACUCCAGAGAUACAUCAGCAAUUCCACAGUCUUUCUCAAUGUGGGCCAUUAACCUUGAAGGAUGCGGAUGUAACGAGACAAACACUCAACCUGCUCUCUCAAAAAUUGCCGACAUGCCCGAUGCCAGUUUCUUGAACGGCCUGGCCAUAAUCCCGCCCUCCCCGGAAGCAGGACUUACAAAUGCCACCAUUCUGGCCACUGAUACAAUUUCGGGCCAGAUCUUCCACGUCAACCCAACAACAGGUGCACAAGAGUCCGUUCUCAAGUCAAUUGUCACUGGCAAGCCCAAACUCGGUGCUGUCAGUGUUGGUGUCAACGGAAUCGAAUUUCGAUUACAAACCGAUACCCUUUAUCUCAUGAAUACCGUCACUGGUGUAUACAGCUCAAUCGAUCUUGUCAUCGAAUAUCCAGACGACAGACCUCUGCCAGAAAUUAACCCCAUUGGAGAAUUCAAAAUAAUCGCGCAAUCUAUUAGAGGUGAUGAUUUUGCCUUGGAACAGGAUGGAACUGCUAUCGUUGCAGCCAAUCAAAUGAACACCAUAUUCGAAGUUGCCCUUGAUGGUAUGAUCUCUACGCUACUCGGAGGCAUCAACUCAACGGAGACCGUUGGUCCAACCUCUAUUGCGUUUGGAAGAACGCCUGCGGACAGAGAGUCCAUUUACAUAACUUUGAAUGGAUUUCCAACCGAUCCUCUUGCUACGGUGUCCGAAGGCGGACGUCUUCUUCAUAUUACUAGAGGCAACUAA